CAUCCCGUCCAGGUGUGAAACUGUGAGGCUGGUUCUCUGAAAGCUUCAGGUGAAUCCAGGAGGAUGGGAGGAGGAGGACAGCAGACUGAGCCUGCAGAGCCAGGCAGCGGGAAAGCUGCAGGUGUUUACACCUGGGAGGAGGUGCAGAAGCACCGCAGCAGGAACGACCAGUGGCUGGUGGUUAACAGGAAGGUUUAUAACAUCAGCCAGUGGGCCAGAAGGCAUCCAGGAGGCUCUCGGGUCAUCGGCCACUAUGCAGGAGAGGAUGCUACGGAGGCCUUCACUGCUUUCCAUCCAGAUCUGAAGUUUGUGCAGAAGUUUCUGAAGCCUCUGUUGGUGGGAGAGCUCGCAGCGUCAGAGCCCAGUCAGGAUGGGAAAAAAAAUGCAUCAAUCAUUAAGGAUUUUGAAUCUUUACGGUCAAAGGUGGAGGAAGAAGGUCUUUUUCACACUAAGCCGUUAUUCUUCUGCCUCCAUCUGGGUCACAUCCUGCUGCUGGAGGCGCUGGCCUGGACCAUGGUCUCCUACUGGGGGACGAGCUGGACCAUAACAUCCCUCUGUGCUGUGAUGCUGGCAACAUCUCAGGCGCAGGCUGGAUGGCUGCAGCAUGACUUUGGGCACCUUUCGGUCUUUAAGAAGUCCAAAUGGAAUCACCUGGUCCAUAAGUUUGUCAUUGGACAUUUGAAGGGAGCUUCAGCCAACUGGUGGAACCAUCGACAUUUCCAGCAUCACGCCAAACCCAACAUCUUCAAGAAAGAUCCUGAUGUCAACAUGUUGGAUGUCUUCGUGCUUGGAAAAACUCAACCGGUGGAGUACGGCGUGAAAAAGAUCAAACACAUGCCCUACAAUCACCAACACAAAUACUUCUUUCUCGUGGGACCUCCGCUGCUCAUCCCGGUUUAUUUCCACAUGCAGAUAAUGAACACCAUGAUAACUCGCCGUGAUUGGGUGGAUCUGGCUUGGUCCUUGUCCUACUACUUUCGGUACUUCUACUGUUACACCCCCCUGUAUGGCUUCCUCGGCUCAUUGGCUCUCAUGACGUUUGUCAGGUUUUUAGAGAGUCACUGGUUUGUGUGGGUAACUCAGAUGAACCACUUACCGAUGGAGAUUGAAUAUGAGAAGAAUCAAGACUGGCUAACUAUGCAGUUGCAAGCCACGUGCAACAUUGAGCAGUCCUGGUUCAACGACUGGUUCAGCGGACACCUCAACUUCCAGAUCGAACACCAUCUGUUUCCCAUGAUGCCGCGCCACAACUACCACCUGGUGGCCCAGCGCGUCCGCGCCCUGUGUGAGAAGCAUGGCGUCCCUUACGGAACGAAGACAUUAUGGCGAGCAAUGGCUGAUGUUGUCAGUUCACUGAAAUCUUCUGGGGAACUCUGGCUGGAUGCAUAUCUCCAUAAAUGAAGAAAGAUGUUUGAAAAUACUGAGAUUCUUCUGCAUUUUGCAGCCAAGUCUGAUUUUAUCUCCUGACUAAAAUCAGGUUUAUCUCUGCUUACUGUUAAAAUUCAAACCUUAGUUUUUCUUUUAUUUAUAGAGCAUAAGGCAGUCAUUAGUUUUUUGAUUUACAUUGAUAUUUUGGGUGAAAUAUUC